AUGGAGGAUAACAAAAAUACAAUUCCUAAGCUAAUUGCUAUAUCAAAUGAUAUAGUUGAAGAGAUCUUUAAGCAUCUUCCGAUAAAAUCACUCGCUAGAUUUAAAGUUUUGUCAAAAACAUGUAGAGGGAUGAUCGAAUCAACCCAUUUUUCCCACAAACGAAUCGUUGAUACAGGAUUAGCAACCCCUAAUAUGAAAAUUCUUGUUGUUAGUCAACAAUUGUCUGCCAAGUUUCAUAAAGAAGAUUCAAACUCAACAACUUUGCGUUUGGAUACUUUUUCUAGAGAGCGUCACAAUAACAAAAAAUAUUUCGACAAAUCUCAAAACAAAACAAUUCAAGUCUUGGGGUCUUGUGAUGGAUUGGUCUUGAUUCGGAUCUACGACGAUUUUAGGUACAUUUACUUGAUCAAUCCGACGACUAACGAACACAUAACACUUUUUCCGGAAUUUUCUCAAUGGCCAGUUGAUAUUAAAUGUAUUUCUACGUUAAACGUUAAUACACCAUGGAGAGAAUUUGGCCAAUCAAUCUUUAACUAUGAAGGUGAAUUACUGAAUAUAAUGCCGUUUAUCGCUGGAUUUGGUAAAGAUAUUGUUACAAAAUCAUAUAAGGUGGUUUUGAUAUAUUCAAAAUUUAAGAGUUGUAAUUGUUUCAAGGCCAAGGUCAUAUCUCUUGAUAAUGGUGAGCAAAGAAGCGCAGAUUUUUCUAGUUUAGAUGGCCAUACAUUUUGCGAGGAGCAGACAUCAGUCUACGCAAACGGAUCUCUCUUUUGGUUGACGUUAGAUGAAAAGAGGCAAGCACUUGACAUGAUACUAGCUAUCGAUCUUCACACCGAAACAUUUCGAUGGAUAUUAUUACCGGUGUGUUACACUAAUUAUCCUACUCGUAUAGAAAUGUGGAAUCUGAACGAUCGUUUGUGCGUAUCAGAUGUGCUGAAAAGUUCAGAUUUGGUCGUAUGGAGUUUACAAAAAGAGUAUCCACCUAAUGAGAAAUGGGAGAGAAUAUAUUCUAUUGAUAUAAGAACUAACCAGCUCCAGCUACAUGAAAAGUUUUGGAUGCUUGGCUUGGCGGCUGCCUAUUUUCCAAGCAUUAGUAAGAAUAGAGCUCGAGUUCCAUUUGCUAGACAAAAAACAAUCUCAUAUUCGCCGACAAUGAUUUCCCCUUCAAGUUUGGUCUUCUGA